CGGACACGCAGCGCUUUCCCGGGCGGACACUGCAGGGAAGAAAAAAACAAACAGAAAAACACAACGAAACCACCAUGGAAUAGGAAUAUCACCAGGAGGACACGGGAAAAACCGUUCUUAUCUUUCUUCUUUUCCCUUUUUUUUUUCUCCUGGCGUCUUUUCUUUCUUUCGCAUCCCCCGUCUCCGUCUCGAUGUCUCUCAACAGUUUCUGAAAGGAUUGAAGGACAGAAAAAUGAGGAUUAUUAUUUUUUCUUGGCACUUUCUUGGGGUGUAUUCCGCCCUUUGGGGACUCGCGGCAGGGGCUUUCCCCAGCUCGGUGCAGAUAGGUGGACUGUUCAUUAGGAAUACUGAUCAGGAGUACACGGCGUUUCGACUCGCGAUCUUCCUUCACAACACCAGCCCUAAUGCUACGGAAGCGCCCUUUAACCUGGUUCCGCAUGUGGACAACAUAGAGACGGCCAACAGCUUCGCAGUCACCAACGCAUUCUGUUCCCAGUACUCCAGGGGGGUCUUCGCCAUCUUUGGCCUUUACGACAAGCGCUCAGUGAACACGCUGACGUCGUUCUGUGGGGCUCUGCACAUCAGCCUGGUGACACCCAGCUUCCCCACUGAAGGCGAGGGCCAGUUCACCCUGCAGCUCCGGCCGUCCAUCAGAGGGGCCCUGCUCUCCUUGCUGGACCACUACGACUGGAAUCGAUUUGUCUUCCUCUACGACACAGACAGAGGUUAUGCAAUACUGCAGGCAAUUAUGGAGCGAGCGGGGCAGAACGGAUGGCAGGUGAGCGCGAUCUGCGUGGAGAGUUUCAACGAGGCUGCGUAUCGCAGGCUGCUAGAGGACCUGGAUCGACGGCAGGAGAGAAAGUACGUCAUUGACCUGGAGCCUGAGAGACUGCAGAGCAUCCUGGAGCAGGCUGUGAGUGUGGGGAAGCAUGUCAAAGGUUACCAUUACAUCAUAGCAAACCUGGGUUUUAAGGACAUAUCUCUGGAGAGGUUCAUGCAUGGUGGAGCGAACGUGACUGGUUUCCAGCUGGUUGACUUCAGCAAGCCCAUCGUCAUAAAACUGAUGCAGCGCUGGAACAAACUGGAUCAGCGAGAAUACCCCGGAUCUGAAAGUCCUCCCAAGUAUACCUCAUCUCUAACUUACGAUGGCGUUCUCGUCAUGGCCGAGGCCUUCCGCACCCUUCGCCGUCAGAAAAUUGACAUCAGUCGUCGUGGCAACGCUGGCGACUGCCUGGCCAAUCCCGCUGCUCCCUGGAACCAAGGCAUAGACAUGGAGCGCGCGCUGAAACAGGUGCGCAUUCAGGGCCUGACGGGGAAUAUUCAGUUUGAUCACUAUGGUCGGAGAGUGAAUUAUACCAUGGAUGUGUUUGAACUGAAGAGCAACGGACCACGAAAGAUUGGCUACUGGAAUGACAUAGAUAAACUGGUCCUGGUCCAGAAUGAAAAUUCUCUGUCCAAUGACAGCUCGGCGACGGAGAACCGGACAGUCGUAGUGACAACCAUCAUGGAGGGUCCUUAUGUGAUGCUGAAGAAGAAUUGGGAGCUUUAUGAAGGCAAUGACCAGUAUGAGGGCUACUGUGUGGACUUGGCCUCGGAGAUCGCCAAACACAUCGGGAUCAAAUACAAGAUCUCCAUCGUUCCAGAUGGGAAGUACGGAGCCAGGGAUCCAGAGACGAAGAUCUGGAACGGCAUGGUGGGAGAGCUGGUGUACGGGAAAGCAGAAAUCGCAGUGGCACCACUGACCAUCACACUCGUAAGAGAGGAGGUGAUCGACUUCUCCAAGCCUUUCAUGUCACUGGGAAUCUCCAUCAUGAUCAAAAAGCCCCAGAAGUCAAAACCGGGCGUCUUCUCUUUCCUGGACCCGCUGGCCUACGAGAUCUGGAUGUGCAUUGUGUUUGCUUACAUUGGAGUCAGCGUCGUGCUGUUUCUGGUGAGCCGCUUCAGCCCGUACGAAUGGCACGCCGAGGAGCCGGAGGAGGGGGCCACCGAGGCGGGCCCCACCGACCAGCCCCCCAAUGAGUUCGGCAUCUUCAACUCCCUGUGGUUCUCGCUGGGCGCCUUCAUGCAACAGGGCUGCGACAUUUCACCGCGGUCCCUGUCUGGGCGAAUUGUCGGAGGUGUGUGGUGGUUCUUCACUCUUAUCAUCAUAUCCUCCUACACAGCCAACCUGGCUGCGUUCCUCACAGUGGAGAGGAUGGUGUCGCCUAUAGAGAGCGCAGAGGACUUGGCCAAACAGACAGAGAUCGCCUAUGGGACCCUGGACUCGGGCUCCACCAAGGAGUUCUUCAGGAGGUCCAAAAUAGCCGUAUAUGAGAAGAUGUGGUCUUACAUGAAGUCCGCCGAGCCGACGGUGUUCACCAAAACCACAGCGGAGGGCGUGGCGAGGGUCCGCAAGUCCAAGGGGAAGUACGCCUUCCUGCUGGAGUCCACCAUGAACGAAUACACGGAGCAGCGCAAGCCCUGUGACACCAUGAAAGUUGGGGGGAACCUGGACUCCAAAGGAUAUGGCAUUGCCACACCGAAAGGCUCACAGUUAAGAAACGCGGUCAACCUGGCCGUGCUAAAACUCAACGAGCAGGGCCUGUUGGACAAAUUGAAAAACAAGUGGUGGUAUGACAAAGGAGAAUGUGGCAGCGGGGGAGGGGAUUCCAAGGACAAGUCGUCCCAGGCUCUGAGCCUGUCCAACGUGGCCGGGGUCUUCUACAUCCUGGUGGGCGGCCUGGGCCUGGCCAUGCUGGUGGCCCUGGUUGAGUUCUGCUACAAGUCACGGGCCGAAGCCAAGCGCAUGAAGCUAUCAUUUUCCGAAGCCAUGCGGAACAAGGCCCGUCUGUCCAUCACAGGAAGUGUGGGGGAGAAUGGCCGCGUCCUGACGCCAGACUGCCCCAAAGCUGUGCAUGCUGGCCACCCCUCCCUCCGACACCCCGGCCUUGCAGUGGUCUCCUCUGGACUGCCCUAAAAACCAAAAACACCUGCCGUGCCUUAACGACAUGCCAACAUUACAGACUUCUGACCAGAACACACACAUGCUCACACAUAAUCACAAAACUCCCAUUUUCAUACAUGCACACACACGAUUAUGGAUUCCAGACACCCACAGAAAAUUCUCAGAAACAAAACGAGACAUGAUUACACACUUGAAUAGACAAACACAUGCGCAACUUCAUCCUCUCACUUCCCUGCUGCCACUGACUUAUUUUACAAAGAGACAAAUACAAUACAGCUGUGGAGUGAGUGGUGCUGGGGAAAAGAAAAAAAAAAA